UGGGUGGAGACCCGACAUACGGGCUAUUGAAAACCAUGACUCGUGAAUUGGCUAAGUUUCUAGGUAAGAAAGAAAGACGGCGCUCAAGCCUUGGGAAAGGAGAUGUGAGAGAUUCGCUAGGUCUUGCCAAGAAUCCUAAGAUAGUCUCUUACUUCGCUAGGCACGGAGAUCGAAAAGUCAUCUUUUCAGGUAUUGUAAUGAAAGUCAACAGGAAGAACAAAAUGCAGCAAAGGGUUGCACUGGUGUCAGGUCAUGUCAAUCAAAAUGCAGAUGAUAAUGCUUUGUACAACUUGGAACCCGGCUCUCUUAAAUGUAAACGUCGCAUUGCUUUCAAUAGCAUGAGUCACUUGAGUCUCAGCACUCUUCCAGACAACUUUUUUGUUGUUCACGUGCCUGCUGAAUACGACUAUGUUCUGAUCAGUCAAGAUAAAGUAGAACUCAUCACAAGACUAAUGGAGGCAUUUGAAGAAGCUAUUGAGUCUUCACUAAGAAUCAAUUUUGAAAACAAAAUAGAAUUUCGUAUUGAUCAAAGUCAAUAUAGAGAGAUCGAGUUUCAUCAUGCAGAAGAAGGCAUUACAACUCAGAUAUUUUCUAAGAAGAAACGCUGAUGGUUCACACCAAGACAAUGAGUUUUUCUUUCUCCCAACACCUAAUACCUAUUAAUUCAUCAAUCAUCCAAUGGAUGUCUAUGUACAUGUACAGUGA